GUCAAUUUCCGCCACCACCAAAAACAUCUGGGUAAAAAUCGUCAUUUUCAGAUUCUCGCAAACGGCGGAGAUCAACAGGAGUUGCUACUAUGCCAACUUAGCGAGAGCAGUACGUUGCUCGCUCAGCUCGGCAUUCUCGUCUCUGAAGGACUCGAUAGGCUCAUGCAAAACCAAGGUAUUGCUGCCACCGAGGAUUUAGAUGAGAGCGGUGUCGAGAAGAGGAAACACGAAUAUUUGCGAUUUGGCAAGAGAAAGCACGAGUACCUGCGAUUUGGCAAGAGAAAGCACGAAUAUUUGAGGUUCGGAAAGAGAAAGCACGAAUAUCUGCGUUUCGGG